AUGUCCCGAAUUUUCCCAAAAUCCCGCGAUUUUCCCCGAAUUUUCCCAAAAUCCCGGGAUUUUGCCCCAUUCCAGGAAUGGCUCUCGGCGCCCUCGGCCGGCCCCGGCCCCGCCCCCUCCUGAUGCUCCUCCCCCUGCUCGUGCUCGGCCCCGCCCCCCGCGCCCGGGCGGCCAAUGGCGAGACAGCGCUUCCCGAGGAGGACGAGUCGCGGAUCAUCGGGGGCCAGCCCUGCUCGGUGGCCCAGCGCCCGUUCCAGGUGGCGCUGACCCGGCGGGGGCAGAUCCUGUGCGGGGGCAGCCUCGUGGGGGCGCGGUGGGUCCUGACGGCCGCGCACUGCCGGCAGCCAGCCAGGGACCUGCAGGUGUUGAUCGGCACCACGUCGCUGCGCGCAGGUACGGGACAGGUGCGCGGGGUCCAGGGGCUGCAGGUGCACCCCAGGUACGACCCGCGGCGCAACGACAACGACUUCAUGCUGCUGCACCUGGACGCACCUGUGCAAUUCGGGCCGCGCGUCAAGAGGAUCCGCCUGGCGGCCAGGUGUCCUCGGGCCGGCCAGAACUGCAGCGUCAGCGGCUGGGGCACCACCAAGUCACCUGGAGGUACCUGGGCACAGGUGGGAGGGUGGGAAAGGUCUCAGGUGUCCCCGGGCCGGCCAGAACUGCAGCGUCAGCGGCUGGGGCACCACCAAGUCACCUGGAGGUACCUGGGCACAGGUGUGCCCCAGGUGUCCUCGGGCCGGCCAGAACUGCAGCGUCAGCGGCUGGGGCACCACCAAGUCACCUGGAGGUACCUGGGCACAGGUGUGCCCCAGGUGUCCUCGGGCCGGCCAGAACUGCAGCGUCAGCGGCUGGGGCACCACCAAGUCACCUGGAGGUACCUGCGCGCAGCGCGGCUGCCGCGGGACCUGCAGUGCGCGCAGGUGCAGACCUUCGGGCCCCGGCAGUGCGCCCGCGCCUACGGCAACGCCGUCACGCCCAACAUGUUCUGCGCAGGUGUGCCCCAGGGCGGCGUCGACUCCUGCCAGGGGGGCAUCGACUCCUGCCAGGGUGACUCCGGGGGCCCACUGGUGUGCGGGGGGUACCUGCAGGGCGUGGUCUGUGCCAGGUGUGACUCAGGUGUAUCUCAGGGUGACUCCGGGGGCCCGCUGGUGUGCGGGGGGUACCUGCAGGGCGUGGGUGACUCCGGGGGCCCGCUGGUGUGCGGGGGGUACCUGCAGGGCGUGGUCUGUGCCAGGUGUAUUUACCUGUCUCAGGUGUAUUUACCUGUCCGUUACCUGUCCCAGGGUGACUCCGGGGGCCCGCUGGUGUGCGGGGGGUACCUGCAGGGCGUGGGUGACUCCGGGGGCCCGCUGGUGUGCGGGGGGUACCUGCAGGGCGUGGUCUGUGCCAGGUGUGUUUACCUGUCCCAGGGUGACUCCGGGGGCCCGCUGGUGUGCGGGGGGUACCUGCAGGGCGUGGUCUCCUGGGGCAUGGCCGUGUGUGGUCAGCGGGGUCAGCCCGGCGUGUACAGCAACGUCUGCCGCGCCCGCGCCUGGAUCCAGCGCGUCAUCCGGCAGUGACCGCCAGGGACCGGGAGUGACCAACAGUGACCGGGAGUGACCAGGAGUGACCAGGAGUGACCA